AUGUCUACUACAUCCAAAACAAUAGCAGUAUUUGGAGGAAAUGGAUUCCUAGGUAGAAAAAUAUGUGAAAUUGGUAUAAAAAGAGGUUAUGAAGUAACAUCAUAUUCAAGAUCAGGUAAACCACCACAAGCAAUUCUACCUAAUCAAGAUCAAAAUUCAAAUCAAAACCAACCUGAUUGGGUAUCAAAGGUUAAUUGGUCAAAAGUUGAUAUUUUUCAACCACAAGAAAUAAAAUCACAAUUAGGUCAAUUUAAUACAAUUGUUCAUUCUAUAGGAAUGUUAUUUGAAGAUAUAUCUUAUAAAAAAGCAGCAAACAGUGCUUCUUCUUUGUCAAAUUUUGGAGAUAUUACAAGAUUUAUAAAUUCAAUAAUGGGAUCAAAUCCAAUGCAAAAAGAUAAAAAAAAUAUGAGUUAUGAAGCUGUUCAAAGAGAUUCUGCAUUAUCUAUAGCUGAAGAAUAUAUUCAAGCAAGAAAAGAUACAAUUCCAAGAUCAAAUGCAGAAGAUGAACCAAUUGGAAAUUAUGUAUAUAUUUCAGCUGAUAAAGCACCACCUAUAAUUCCAGAAAGAUAUAUAAAAACAAAAAGAGAAGCAGAAUUUGAAUUAUCAAAAAAAUUAUAUUUGAGAAGUAUUUUAAUGAGACCUGGUGCAAUGUAUGAUGAAACUCAUAAUUUAGGUACAACCAAGAGAGAUGUUAUUUUAAAAUCUUUAAAAAUUGGAGUAGACCUAAAGAAUUCUUUAUUAGGUCAAAAUUUUUUAUCAAAUUUAGUUAGACCUGUUGUUAGUACUACUCAAGUUGCUGAAGCACUUUAUGAUAAAUUAGAAGAUCCUGGAUUUUCAGGAGUUGUACCUGUUGAAUUUAUAGAAAAAGAACCAAAAUAA